AUGACAGCAGCCGUAGGUAAUGCAACCUGUGAUGCCUCUUGCCCUCGAUCAAAGUCCUUCAAACCGUCUGCGGAUAUCAACGAGGCCACCCUCCGACAAGGUGUGGUGAUAAAAGUUUAUAAAUGUGCCACUCUGGGCCCCGUCGGGAGUUACACGCGAGGGAAGAAUGACUCGGCUCUGAGCUCACCAUUUGGUCUUGAGGCAGACCAUCUCUCACAUUUGGAGGUGAUCAAUAAGAUGGGGUGA